AUGAAGACAAAAGUGAGACACCAGGUGCAGGCUGAAUCUAGCAAAGGGGGGAAGCAGCAACAGGCAAUGUGGAGGAAGAUGUGGAGAGGAAUGAAUCAUGAUGUUAUAUGCCAUUGGUGUGGAAGCCAUGAAGAGGAUCUGGAGCACAUACUGUUUAGGUGUGAAAGGGCCCAAAGAAGUUGGAGACUGGCAGGCUAUCCUUGUCUUCAUAUAUCAUGUGGUGGUUAUGGAAGACAAGGAAUAGCUGGCUAUUUAGAUAGGAGAACAUUUCUGCAGGGGGCAGAGGAUAACACUAGACAGAUAAGUAAAGGAGUGGAGAACCAUGCAAGUUCUGAGGUAACACAUGGAGUAGGGGUUUCAGAGGUGGAACUCAGUGCUAGUGGUGGGAUAGCAUUUAAGGGAGAGGUUGAGGUGGCCAGAUGGACUGAGGAGAUGGAAGCAGAACCAAGAUCUACUGAUGAGAAAAUGCAGCAAAUUUGGAAUUGGUUACUGCAGGACAACACAUUAGGUUGGAACCGAGUGCAGAUGGUGGUGCAAACAGCAAGGAUAGCCAAACAGCUUAAUGAUCUUUCUUGGAUUUCCUCAAACUCUUCUGUUGUGUUGGAUGAUAUUUCUAUGAUGCUUAAGUCUUUUGAUUCUUAG